AUGCACGGUGUCCGCUCGUGUGUCGGGCGCGCGCGCUGGCUGGUCGCGCGAGCGCUCGACGCGCAAGCCGAGGCGCAGCGUGACAACCGCCUUCUGUCGCGCGCCAUCGCCGCCUACCUUGAUGUGCUCAAACUGAACGAGCGACUCACCGAUGCCCGGCUGCUACAAAUUGCUGGUCGAACUCUAGACAGAAUACGAUUCAGAGGCAAUUACUUGAGUGCGGAGCCCGUCUACAGGUUGUUGAUUCGCCGAUUUCCUGAUGUUGUAGAUUAUAGAAAUAACUUGACCGUAUCCUUACUUAUGGCGAACAGGGCUGACCUUGCAGAGGAAGUUAUAAAAGAAACACUAAGAACGUGGCCAGAUGAUCGCGUCGCUUUGGCUCACUUGGGUUUCAUCCUUAAAACUCAACACAACCGUAAUGAGGAAGCAGUUGAAGCCUUUCAAAAGGCUCUCGAAGGAGAUCUCGGACCGGCUACGGAGUCGCGUUUCUAUUACCAUUUAGGAGACUCGCUCCUAUUAUUAAAUAGAUUCACAGAGGCCCACGAGGUUCAUAAGAGAGGUGCAAAAUUAGGACAUUUCUUGUCCCCUUCCCAACGUUCGCUCUACAAUGUUCAUCGUCUAAAAAGUCGACCAUGGUGGGACAUAGAACAGACACCCUACUUGAAAUUAGCACGUGCUUUAGAAAAAUCUUGGGAGGAUAUUUUAAAGGAGGGUCAAGCUGCGCAAGCUCUGUAUGAAAAAGAAAAAGAAGGACUGAAGGAACGAGGCGAGUGGUCUCAGCUAGACUUGUUUGUUCGGGGGCAAGAAGUGCCCGGCAGGUGUAAAAAAGCGCCGGUUACUUGCAGUAUAGUCCGCGCAGAGAAGGCUGCGGCUGGAUGUCGCCGUGGACAGAUCAAGUUCAGCGCCAUGGAGGCCGGCACACACGUACGACCACAUGUCGGUCCCACCAAUUGUCGACUACGAAUGCAUUUAGGUCUCAGCAAUACCAAAGAUACUUACAUAAGAGUCGACCAAGAAACAAGACAAUGGCAAGUCGGCAAGGUCUUCAUGUUCGACGAUAGCUUCGAACACGAGGUGUGGCACAACGGGACAGGCACUAGACUUGUGCUUAUAGUGGACGUGUGGCACCCCGCUCUAUCGGCCGACGAGCGACGCGAACUACCACCGAUAUAA